CAACCAGGAAACCAUUCAAAGGGUGCACCAAGAACAGAAAGAGCGAGAACGAAAAAGAGGGGGGGUGACAGAAGAAAGGAAGAGAGACAAAGAAGAAGCAGCAAAGUUUCAGCCAAUGACAGAGGACAUGUUUUCCACUGUGUUGUGAGUAGAUGUGUCUGUUCGGUUGACCCUGACAUUGUGGGAGUGCUCUGCCUCUGAGAUGUGAGCAUGAAUAUUGAUCUGACACAGGAGAAAGAGUCUAAAAAUGGGCUAUUUCUGGAGGAAAUGCUAAGAUUGAAGUGCAUUUUUAGAGAUGCUGUAAUUGUGCGGGCUAGCCAUCGUUGGGUCAUGUAAUGCUAUUGGAUUAUUUUAUGGAUCAAAGAUGGAUGCUGUUUGAAGAGGCUAAGAUGUCUGCUUAUACAAAGAAGCUGGGACCUCACACAAAUCACCGUAAGGACAUUAAAUACCAGCAGAGACACUCAAACACUUGAGUCUGGAUGAUAACUGCUCCUAUUUUUGCUCUUAAACACAUUCAAUAGAGAACAGGAAGACCAUUAUUAUUUAUCAUCACGCCUCCUUACAGACAGACUGACAUUUAAGAUUGAUUCACAUCACUUCACAACAGAGGAAAGAUGGCGGCAGCAGGUUCUGGAGCUUCCCUGAGCCCCAAAUCUAGCUCCCAGACUCCUACCAGUGGAGACAGGCGAAUGCUGGACAAGACCCUAAAAAGACUUCAUAAACUGGGCGAACUGUGCACUAACCCCCGGCUGGGCCUGAGGAACAGUCCACCAUACCUGCCAGAGCUGGUCUCUGAGACAAGAACACUGCUGACUCAGGUCUGGGAGCCCUACAUAGGCCCCAGGGGGCAGGGGGGCCAGGCACCCCGAGGGGACGAGGCCAAAUACCUGAGGGUCCAUAUCCGAAACCUGCUGGAUAAGACGGACCGGGCGCUGCUGCUGUUCAAAGAGGGACGGGACAAGAUGUUCGAGGACACGUCCAGCUGCAGGAGGAACUUGACCAAACUGUCCUUGCUGUUCAGUCACAUGCUCUGGGAGCUGAGGGCCAUGUUUCCAGGGGGCAGUUAUCAGGGUGACACCUACAGUGUGACUAAGCCAGAGGCAAAGGAGUUUUGGAUGCGCUCAUUCGGAAACAAGUGUUUUGUGCAGUGGAAUAGCUUCAAAGAGCAGCUGCAGAGUGUGCAUGCGUUUGAGGAAGGGAUGGAGUCCAUGGCUCUGAAAUCAACUAUAGAUCUCACCUGUAAUGAUUACAUCUCUGUGUUUGAGUUCGACAUCUUCACCAGACUGUUUCAGCCGUGGAGGUCACUCAUAAGGAACUGGAACCAGCUAGCAGUGACUCACCCCGGCUACAUGGCCUUCCUCACCUAUGACCAGGUUAUAGCUCGUCUGGAACACUACCUGCACAGACCUGGGAG